CUGGGGCUGACAAUUUACUGAUAAUUUAUUUGAAAUUCCUCAGUAAACUGCCAUCAAAUUAGCCUGCAACAACCCGCCAUCAUCAUCAUCACUCGCAAACAUGGCAAAUUACCACCCACAGCCACGUAAAUCACCAUAACCAUAUUUCAAUCGCUAGCCAGCGAUCCGAAUCCCCCAGCGAUUUGUGCAACUAUUCAAUUGGCCCGACUGGAUGGCAAAGAGGCAUUAAAUUAGCGAAAUCGGCCAGGUAAAAAUAAAGAAAACGAUCGACUUAAGUAAAAGCCGGCCGCCAAAUUGCACAUUUUACAAGUUUACGAACCACUAAGCGGAGCCAGCAGGAUCGCCUUUUCUCGAAUUUAUUUCUAAAACAACUCUAUCGCGAUCACCUGGCGACGCUGUGCGGCCCAUAAAGCCAGCGAUUUAUUGGCCAAGUCGGCAACAAUUUGACAAGCAAAUUGCUAUAAUUUCUGGACAUUGCCAGUGGGGGGAGUCCCCCGAUCGCCGAUUCCUCCCAAGAAUGCUGUGUGGACAUGAGCAGUGCUUUUUUCGCGCUUUUAUCUGCGCAAAAUUUAUGCUGGCGAUAAAGCCCCAACGACUACUGGACUGGAACCUCUUCUUUUCUCUGGAGGAAGAGCCCGGGCAGGAGGAAUCACGUGGCCCAAGGCUGGCAUCUAAUUGCAUGGCCAUUCGGAUGGAUCGGCGCUGUCCGUUGAAUUGCCAUAAUUUCGCUGGCCUUACGAGCUGCCAGGGAAUCUGAAUCUCCUCCACAGUUCUUGAGCGACCACACAUAUGUACAUCAGAAUCAGAAAAGUCGAGUGCCACUCUGUGCGCAAAAGUUUUCGGCGAUCACUUGGACUAUUAAAUCGCAAUUAAACGCGUGACGUGUGGUCCCCAGGGUGCAUAAAUCCCAGGCAGAUCCCAAAGAAAAUACAGAAAUGGCAAUCAUCAUUAAAAAUGCAAAAGGCAUAAAAUUGGCCAGAAAGCCCAGAAAUAUAAAUGAUUUCCUUGGGCCUCAUCAGAGGCGGCGAUAAGGAAAUGUUCUCCUUUUCCUUCGAGUCGUAAAAUAUCCAGCGAAAACUCUGCCGACAGCGUCAUAAAAAUUAAAAGAAAAUCACAAUCUUGGUUUGUUUCUGUCGCCUUUGUUUGCCGUUUCCUUAAAUUUAAUAUCAUCUCAUACUGUCCAACAAAAUAAGCCACUUUGAAAAGUAAGCAGGACAGAAUUUCGGACUAAUUGUUGCUCAGUGCGUGCAUUUGGGAAUUACGACAGUUGGGCUUUUGAUGGCACUUAGAAAGCCGUUAAUCCUAAUUUUAUGCAUCCAGUCUGUUGGCCUGGCCAAGCCAAUUUAAUGGCUCACUUCCCAUGGCUCAUAAUAAUGUUGGUUCCUUGCUGAUUCAUAAAUUUGCGUUAGGCGGGGAGAAAAGGAAAUACAAAUGGGUGCGAGCUGGGAUCAUUCACAGGUCCCCAAAGCAACAAAUUAAUGGGCUGGGACCAGCCGGAUGGUCAAGAUUCUUUGUUAAAAUUGACGGAACAAGCUAAAUGUGUCAGAGUCAACUAUCAACUGUCAACUAUAAUUUAAAAUAACGUUUUGAUUUCUGCGGAGCAUUUUUUAUCACUGAUUUCCAAAGUCGAUUUAAUCAAAAAUCGAUUACUGCCUUAUCGAUAGUUGGAUGCCGCUAUCAAAGCACUUACCUACACUGAAGAGCGCCAAAAAAGUUGUGGAGUGAAAACAAUAGUUGCAAAUUGUUAUUGAUAUGUACGGAAAUAAUACGCUAAAUAAAAACCACACGAUUAAAUUCAUCACAUUGAAAAUCAACAAUUGCCUAGGCUGCGAUGAAGUGGAAAUAAACUUCUCGAAAGCGGACAAUGUGCACAUGAUCAUCUACAGUUUGGUCAAGGAUCUGCCGGAGGAUCUACCGGCCAUAACUCCGGUGGCCCAGGCCAUCCUACUCCUCUGCUCCCUCACUUAUCCGGAUGCAGAAAGUCUGGAGACGAUUCCGCAGCUGAAAAUCGGCAAGGGCAAUGUCUCCAUGACCUUCGAAAUGCAUCCCGUGCAUAAAGAAGGGGCCACGGAGCAAGCUCAGGAGCCGGAGCCGGAUAGCGACCUGGAUGACGGCCCCUCCACCUCGAGGCAGGCCAUGGAGCGACUGGAGCAGCGCGCAGAGCGCAGGGCCAAUGAGGCGACUUUUAGCAACCUGUAUUCCAAAGUCACCCACGUGACCGUAGAGCGCAGAUUCGAUACAUACUUCUCCCUGGACACCGUUUCCUAUCAGAUUGAUGGCGGCUCCCGCCAAACGUGCCUCCUCCAGGAGUUCCACGCCAUGUUCUUUGUGCGGCCCCAGCACUCGAUCAAUCUCCUGAGGCAGCUGCAUGAGAAGUGCUCCGGCAACUGGCUAAAGGUCAUCCAAAGCGACGGCGACGGUGACGCCUUCAGAAAGUUCAGAGAUCCCGACAGCCCCUUCGAGACCUUUGUGAAGCUGUUCGAUUCUAACCCAAUCCAAACAAACGAUGUGAUCUGCAAGUUGGUCAAAACCUGCCUGCACGUCAAUGAGGCAGUGCGUCUGACGGAGCGGGAAUUUAUACUGGAGGUCUUCAACCAGGUGCGCCACAUUUUCGAGUACAUCACGGCUCAGGAGUACACCGUAUGGUUCCUGGUCCCUUGCCUAAAUGACAACGGACAGCAGAGUGACGCGUCCCUCGAAGACUUUGAUUUGACCAAAGUGCGAACCUCCAUUCGACCAGCCGGCGACACCACCAACAUUUGGUGGGAUCAUACUGAUCACAACAUCAAGGAUAUUCUAUUGGUGGCCUUUCAAUUGGACCUGGCCACCCAUGUCAAUCAGUCGGUGCUCGUUAUUAGCCAUUUGGAAACGCUCGCGGAGUUCUCCACCAUGCAAUAUGUGACGGCCUUCUUUAUGAACGACUUCUACGCCAAGAAAGACACGGAUACCAAAUGGAUCUGCCACCGCUACUUGGAGCGCAUCGUUGAUGUGGCCUUGUUCCUGGGCGUAAUCGUCAUCAUCGAGUACCCCAGUGCGUUCACUCUAUUGCAGGAGGGUCGCCACUUGAUCAAGUGCUUCCAGAAGGAAAUCCCGGAAUCCUCGGGCACCUUGCAUUGGGAAAUAUUCGAAGAUGUGGUUAAGGAAACCGAGUCCGACCUCGAGUUUCUCAAGGAGGCCGUGAGCAGAGACCAGCAGAACAUGUAGUCUUCACAUGAAUGCACUAGCUUCGCCUCGAACAAAUUUCAUUUAUCUGCCGUCUGCGGCUUUCACACGCAAAUAUUUCCAUGCUCAUUUUCUAAUUACGCCAGCGCUCACGGUCCGACUUCACUGCGGCUGAAAAACCAUUCUUUAGCUCCAUUUCAAUUAGGGUUUUGCCGGCUGUCAGCUCGAGUGCCACUGGUGGCGCAGUCGAGGGUCCUUGCACCACCAUCUGCAGCACCACCGACCCACAAACUGCAACUACAAUGGCUGUCAGACGAGAAGCACGCGUCAUUUGCCGGCGAAAUGCAUUUGCGCUAACCAAGACCAUUUUUAGCCAAAAUCACCCGGUGACCCAGUUGGAAAGCCAAGAGCCCGAAGAUACAUCCUGAUGGAAUGCUGACUGACUGACUGACUGACGGACGGACUGACUUGAGUGAUUGGCGGUUGUUGGGGCAAUUAUUUCGGACGCUGAAGGGGACAUCAUCCUCUUGCAAACACAAUCUUUAGUUAUACAUUCUCUAUAUUCUUUAAAAUAGUGGGCGAGGCGAAGAUUUUUCCACCUAAAGUAUUAGUCUAUUACAC